UGGCACUGACAGUUUAGUUUUUUAAAUCAACUUUUUAAAGACAUUUUUUAAUUCAACUUUUUAAAUAACUACUUGUGAGAAAUGAGUUUGGUUGUGUGAUAUUUAAGUUAUAAAUGUUAAAAUGGUUGUGAAAUCGUUGGUUUUCCUGUGUCUACUUUCAUUGGGAUAUGGCUCCGUUAUUAUCCCGGAGGAAUUGCCCUCACUACUCUCAGUGGCCUACUCCAACAUCCCACCAAUCAAGAAAGGGACGGACUCGCGAGUCGGGUUCGGCUUCGCAUUUGGGAAUCACGCAGACUUCCAAGUAAUGUUCGAACUGGGUCCUCAGACCAACACUGCCCCGCUAACUGGAGCUUCGGGCAGCAGCAACGCGAAACGGCAAGCGCCGUCACCACCAAAACUCACCAAAAACCGAGAAAAGCUCCUCCAAACCGAAGCCGGCAGCUAUCUCCAAAACUGGGCAUCAGCCAUGCGAAGGCCUGGAAGACCAUUGCAAGCGUCCACGGAACUGCCGAGCCUUGAGGAUUCCGUGGUGGAACUGAUCAAGAAUAGCAAGGGAGAGUACGAGAUACAUCAGCCGAGGCCUGACCAUAUUCCAGUUGAGGUUAUGGACGAGUUGAAAAGGCUAUACGGACAGAAGAAAGAGGAAGCCAAGAAGAUGACGGAGAAGGCUAAAGAAAAGAAGAGAAGCGACGCAGAAAUUAAGAAGAUCACAGAAGACUUGUCUAAUGUAGACUUAGAUUAGUUUUGUAAGGGAAUUGGGCGAAUCAACUUUUUGACCGACUCAAAUCUCUCCGCACAUCCUUAACAUAGUUGUAAAAUUACAUCCUUAAAAAAUGAAUUUUAUUGGUAUUUUUUACUUUACCCUGUAUAUUAAAACAUAACCCUAACUGUUAGAUCCAAUAAACUGAAACUUUGUUCAUUAGAAGUUCGAUUUCUUUGUAACUCCGGAGACAUUUUGAGUAACGCCAGAGACACUAAAAAUGUCGGUUAAAAAGUUGAUUCGCCCAAUUAGGAAGUUCAAAGUUGUACUUAUGGGUCUAAAAAUGGUUUGAUAUACACAUAGUCAUUCGUGAGACUAGAAUAUUAUAAGUACUAAGGCUGUAUACUUAGUAAAGAAUCGGUCACUAUCUAUUUUAGUAAACAAAAAAGUUUUUUGGAAUUUCAACAGUUCCUUGCUUGCUUUCCGAUGCGUUUCUAAAAACCCCCACUCGAUGGGGAUACGACGUUUCAUAACAGAGUUCCUAUGACCACCUUUCUGCUCCAUCAUCAGAUCAGCUCCAUGAUGCCAUAAUAUUGCAUUGUCACAUGAUUUACAU